AUUGCUACAUCUCACAGCCUGUAAAUUAUUGUUCAAGUGUUCAUGUCCAAAAUUACUCAAUGAUGGAAUCAAACAGUUAUUCUGACAAGGGUGGAUAUAAAAAACGUUUAGCACAAGACAAAGAUAUUUCAGAAGAAGCUGGUGAUGAUGGAAGUUCAGAGUCUGAAAGUAGCGAGAAUAGUUCAGAAAAUGAUGAUAGCUAUGGAAGUUCAGCACAUGACAAUGAAGGGUACCAAGGGGAGCCCCCUGCUCAGCAAAUUUCUUCACGUGACCAAACGCAAGGCGAAUUCUUUGGGAAUGGUGAAUAUGUCAGUAACCAAUUAUCGUCACAAAUGCAACAUAUUGGACAGCAGGACGUUGGCAAAACAUCAAUAGAAAUGCAACCAAUGAGGCAACAUGAUGCUAUGGGACCACCAUUUUCGAUGGUACAAGGAAAUGUGCCAUGUGUAAUGCAACCAGGGCAAUAUGGACACCAUCAAGCUAAUUGCGUUAAAAUGAAUGGUCCAGGUAAUCAGUACAUGGUGCGAGAUUCACAAAGCCCUAUGCCGUCAGAUAAAGAAAACGACGGCCCAAUAUACACACCUUCCAUACAUGGCAUUAUUUUCAAGCGCAUUAUUUCUGGAUUUUUCAUUCUUCUCGACCUUUGCCUAAAUUGGUUACAAUAUGCUUCAUGGCUCGGCAACUUUGAAUUACCGGACUGGCUUAACUUUCUUGAGACAGCAAAUAGUCUGAAAGGAAAUUCGCCUUGGAAGUCACAAUGCAGUAAAGGAUCUACUAACUUUACGCAAAUCUUCGGAAUUAUCGUUUACGUCGGGACCGCUUACGGUUUGCUGAGAAUAGUAAGUAUGACAGGAGAAACACUAAUGGAAUACCGGAAACAAAAGCCGUCCGAGACUGGUACGGGUUGUAGAGGAUUUCAACUUCUUCAUGGUUGGGUUGAGACGCUUUUGUCACUUCUAUGUGACGACCUGCCUCAGGCCAUUCUUCUUCUGCUCUUCAGCUAUCAAUGUCACGUCGACUACACGGCCAUGGGAAAAAUGAUUGUGUGGACAAUUAUCAAAGCAAUAAAGAACAACGUACGUAAUUCUACAUGUAAGCAGAAAUACAAACCAUUUUGUAAUGGCUGUGACACGAAUGCGUGUUGCAGCGAUUUCUGUGAUUGUUGUAAAGAACCAUGUUGUAAUGACUGUUGCAAAGAACCCUGUUGUAGCGAUUGUUGCGAAUGUUGUAAGGAGCCGUGCUGUCAAAUUGAAUGUGAUUUCACGUGCAAGAGAGAAAAUGGCUGCGCUGGAGAAAUCGUCAAAGAUCCAGACUGGGCUUUAAAGUUGUUUGAAAAACUACAGUCAUUGUAUAUGUUACUAGUUAUUGCAAUUGUAGUUAUAUCCGUACUUAAGGAAAAUAACAUCAUGGGUUCAUAUAAGGAACUUUAACUCUGCCUUUAUACUUUUUAUAUGACUUUGAAAAAUUUCUUUUAUUACUCUUUGUUUUUGUUUCACCGAAAAUAAUUGGGAAAUGUAUUGCAAACAAGGGGACAGUGAACCAAUUAAUGGUAGAUUGCUAAAAAUAGUCUUUUCAGCCAUUUCUCCCUUCGUCUCUUGACUGAACUGUUCAAUUGCCAAUCUUUAAUGGUAAAUGACUUUCAUACAAGCUUUAAUAAAGUUUUGUAUUAAAAAGUGGA